UGCCCAUCUGCGCAGCUUAUGGCAUAAAAUACACAAAGGGAAUGUUGGAGAUUUGAUUUCUCGGGUUGCACUGCAAUGCUGUCAUUGAUCUUGUUUACAGUUCUUCUUUUCUUCUAUAGGCUUGAGCAAUCGUCUGAGUGUAUAGGUUAUCGUUACUGUUUCCAAGACGAGACUACUCCUAGCAAAUGCCGUGCGCUCCUCCAUGACCUACUUUGCCCCAUUUACAUCGUAAAAUGCCACUAUCAUUAUGUUUUAAACAUAAGGUUUUGUGGCGUGCUGCCUGGUAACGAAUAGGUAACUCGAUCUGGA